UUCCCCUUUGACCAUCCUCGUGAAGAGUGUGGUGUUGUAGGUGUAUACAGUCCGGGAACAGAGGCCAGCCGGGUAGCCUUCUUUGGCCUGUUCGCUCUGCAGCACCGUGGCCAGGAGAGCGCCGGUAUAGCCGCCGCAGACGGGCAUCAGCUAAAUGUCCACACGGACAUGGGCCUGGUCACCCAAAUUUUUCGCGAACGCGACUUCCUUCCUCUUUCCGGUGAAUUUGCAAUUGGCCACACCAGGUAUUCCACUACAGGCACCAGCCAGCUCUGUAACGCCCAACCUUUAGUUGUAGAAGGCUUGGCCGGCAAGUUGGCUUUGGCUCAUAACGGCAAUAUCAUUAACGCCUCCCAGUUGAAAGUCCAACUUAAGGAGCAGUGGGGUUGCCGCUUCAACUCCACCACCGACUCGGAAGUCAUCGCCCAUCAGCUAGUCAAUGCCCCAGGAAAUAGCUGGGAAGAGCGCAUGUUCCAUUGCAUGCGUACACUGGAAGGCGCUUUUUCGCUGGUGGCCAUGACCGAGGAUACCGUUUUGGCAGCUCGAGACCCCCUUGGUAUCCGUCCGCUUUGCAUCGGCAAAAUGGGUGAAGGCUGGAUAAUUGCGUCGGAGAGUUGCGCCCUGGACCACCUGGGGGCCAAGUACUUGCGAGACGUCAGCCCUGGUGAAGUCAUCGUGCUGGACCGGGACGGUAUGCGCUCGGCCGUAAGGAAGGAAUCGACUAAGUCGCGGGCCAUGUGCAUCUUUGAGCACAUUUACUUUGCAAGGCCUGACAGUGUGCUUGAUGGCACUCUGGUUUACUCGGCCCGCCAGGAAAUGGGAGCUCAACUGGCCAGGGAACAUCCGGUGGACGCCGACCUUGUCAUUGGAAUCCCAGAUUCCUCCACCGCAGCGGCGGUAGGGUACGCCCGAGAAUCCGGAAUACCUUACAGUGACGGCCUGAUCAAAAACCGCUAUGUGGGCCGUACUUUCAUAGAACCGGAGCAACGCCUUCGGGAUCUUGGAGUGCGUCAGAAGUUCAAUCCGCUUACGGAAGUAAUCAAGGGCCAACGACUGGUGGUAGUGGACGACAGCAUUGUGCGGGGCACAACCACACCUCACGUGAUAAGGGUCCUGCGCCGCGCGGGCGCGAAAGAGAUCCACAUUCGGGUAUGCGCUCCGCCCAUCAAGUUUCCCUGUUACAUGGGCGUCGACAUGGCCGACCAAUCGGAGUUGAUUGCGGCCAAUAAAACCGUCGAAGAGAUUCGGGCUAUGGCCAACGCCGACUCCCUCGGCUUUCUGAGCAUCGAAGGACUGCUCAGGGUGUCCAAAGGCGAACAGGGAGGUUUCUGCGACGCCUGCUUUACCGGCAACUAUCCUGUGCCUGUUCAAUUGCAAUUGGGAAAGCUGGUUCUGGAAUCUGAAACCUGA